ACUCUUCUUAGUGUACCUGUCCUUAAAACGUACAUGUAUAAUGAUAGGAAUUGCGCUCGUUUAUCUAACUGACUCCAACCGUCAUUCGCCUCACUCACAUAUCAUUGCUUUAACUGGUUGCUCCUCGAAGUAAACCAAGUACCAUUAUAAUUUCUUUCGCAUUUAGUGAACUUAUCCAUAGCAGAGGAGAUAUGGCCUGCCAACAGUUUAUUUUGUCAGCCGGUGUCCUUGUGUAUUUACUUUUACAUUUUUGCAUGUGCCUGAAAGCGGCACCAGACGUUUCUUUGCUCUAUAGUCGUUUGCCGCGGGAAGGUUUCAUUCACAUAGACGAUGGAGCAAGCAGGGGGCUAGUUUGCGGAGAUUUUGUGGAUCGCCCAAGUGCUGAUGUAAUUUGCCGUACACUUGGUUUCACUGGCAUGAUUGGGAUCGACUACUUCGGUCCAGAUUUUUUUCCGACAAAUUUCUAUCUGGAGCCCAUUCUUCGUGAGAGAUAUGUAUGCAAUGGAUCUGAGGAUACCAUAGCCGGGUGCGUAUUAGUGCCUGACACAUCGAAUUGCAGCAGUGCGGCGUGGAUCGUGUGUACGAACAAUAUAGUGAGAAUAAAUAGGACAGAUGAAAUGAUUCCGCAGGGAGUGGUAGAAGUCUAUUCUGGUCGUUGGGGUUCUGUCUGCCUUGAUCAUGGUAGCAUGGAAAGCGAUGGACAUGUCUUGUGCAGGACGAUAGACUAUCCAGGACUUGUUUCUUGGCGUGGAACCAGUCCAAGGAAUCACAUUUCAAUCUCCGACGUUGCACUGAAUUGCACCGGCUCCGAGAAAAGCAUCAACGAUUGCAGAUACAGUGUGGAUGUUAGCUCUUGUAGGCGAGUUUUAUAUAUUCGUUGCCAGCCUGCAGUUCGGUUGGUUGAAGAUGAUUGUUCAUCAAGAGGAAGAGUGGAAGUCUACAGGAAUGGCUCCUGGGGACCUGUUUGUGAUGACGAUUUUACAAUGGAAGAUGCAACCCUCGUCUGCCAAAUGCUCGGAUUAGGCUUUAGAGAUGUCCUAUCCGGGGACCAGUCUGUGUCCUUAGGAUCUUCUCAUCCCUCGAAAUUGAUCAAUCCACGUUGCACAUUUAUGGAUACUGAUAUCAGGAGCUGCCUUCAAGAUGGAAAUGCAAAAUGCACUACAUACGCCGCAGUCAGAUGCACAGAUCCUCUGAAUGAAUGCCCAUCGGAGACAGACGUAGGCUCUUCACUAUCCUGGACUUCUAAUGGGGAUUCAAGUUUUUCACAUCCGUCAUCGGAACCUUCCACUACUCUUAGAACCCAAUCAAUGCCAUCUAUGGUAUCACAAACUACUCAAGCAAGCAUGUCUACGGUACGACUGGUCAACGGAAAUACUUCAGACGAAGGGAGAGUUGAGGUUUACGUCAAUGGAACAUGGGGUACUGUGUGUGAUGACUCAUGGGAUGAUACUGAUGCUACAGUUGUCUGUCUAAGUCUUGGAUUGAGUCCUGGUACCGCACGAAUGAACGCUUACUUCGGACAAGGUUCAGGUGAUAUCCUUCUAGAUGGGGUAUUAUGUGUUGGAAAUGAAACUAAUCUGCUCGAUUGUUCUCAUCGUGGAAUCGGCGUUCAUGACUGUUCACACUCUGAGGAUGCGGGAGUAGUCUGCUCAUCAGACGUAGACUCUUCAUCCUCCUUGAUUUCUAAUGGGGAUUCAAGUUCUUCACACCAGUCACCGGAACCUCCCACUACUCUUAGAACCCAGUCAAUACCAUCUAUGGUAUCACAAACUACUCAAGCAAGCAUUUCUACGGUACGACUGGUCAACGGAAAUACUUCAGACGAAGGGAGAGUUGAGGUUUACGUCAAUGGAACAUGGGGUACUGUGUGUGAUGACUCAUGGGAUGAUACUGAUGCUACAGUUGUCUGUCUAAGUCUUGGAUUGAGUCCUGGUACCGCACGAAUGAACGCUUACUUCGGACAAGGUUCAGGUGAUAUCCUUCUAGAUGAGGUAUUAUGUGUUGGAAAUGAAACUAAUCUGCUCGAUUGUUCUAAUCGUGGAAUCGGCGUUCAUGGCUGUUCACACUCUGAGGAUGCGGGAGUAGUCUGCUCAUCAGACGUAGACUCUUCAUCCUCCUUGAUUUCUAAUGGGGAUUCAAGUUCUUCACACCAGUCACCGGAACCUCCCACUACUCUUAGAACCCAGUCAAUACCAUCUAUGGUAUCACAAACUACUCAAGCAAGCAUUUCUACGGUACGACUGGUCAACGGAAAUACUUCAGACGAAGGGAGAGUUGAGGUUUACGUCAAUGGAACAUGGGGUACUGUGUGUGAUGACUCAUGGGAUGAUACUGAUGCUACAGUUGUCUGUCUAAGUCUUGGAUUGAGUCCUGGUACCGCACGAAUGAACGCUUACUUCGGACAAGGUUCAGGUGAUAUCCUUCUAGAUGAGGUAUUAUGUGUUGGAAAUGAAACUAAUCUGCUCGAUUGUUCUCAUCGUGGAAUCGGCGUUCAUGACUGUUCACACUCUGAGGAUGCGGGAGUAGUCUGCUCAUCAGACGAAGAUUAUUCAGGAAUGUCAAGCUACUGGAGUCCUACAAUGGAUUUCCACCCUCAACCAGAGUCAUCAACACUUCACACUACCCAAGCACGCACUUCUAGUGCCACAACCAAGGAACCCGUCAACGAAGCAAUCAAUGAGAUAGUGAAUAAAACAAUCACGACUGACAAUAUAGAAGGAAUAUCAGAAGAAUUGGCAGAUAUCACAGAAACUUCAGCUGGAUUCGAUGAAGAAACUUUGCAGUCCGUCUCUGACAAAUUGAGUAGUAUCGCUGGAUUUGCAUCAUACCAGAACUUAACAGAAGAUGCCGUCGUGCAAGUAUCAGAAAGUGUGAUAGAAACAGUGGACAAUAUCUUAAAUCUGGAAGACAGCACCUUCGAGACGACUGGCUCCCAAGAGACUUCAUCAAACAUACUGUCGACUAUAUCUACAAUUACCGAAGCAAUCCAAAGAACAUCCCCCAACAACUUCACGUACAGCGGAUCAAACAUUGUGCUAGCUGCCGUCAAAGUAGACAGGACCAGUUUUCCACUGAGGACAGCCAUUGGUGGAGACGGGGAUGACAAAGUCGAUAUUUCAUCCAAUGAUCAGAAUCCUGAUAAUAUGGCCGGCGUAGCGUCAGUUCUACUGCCAGAAGCAAUUCUACAUUCAGUAGGCCUACAAGGUGAAAGCGAGGCGGUAUCCGUUAGCGUCUUUCUCAUGAAGUCUCCAAAACUGUUCCAGGGUGAGAGCCAGUCUUCCUCAAGUUCUCCGGUGCUUAGAGGAACGGAUAAUCUGCAGCCUGAGACAAUGUCAGUCGUUGCUUCCCCUAUCCUGAGUGUGACCGUUGAGGGCGCUGAUAUCAAAGAACUUCCUGACAGUGAAGCAAUUGUUUUUGAAUUUCCCGUUAACAUGACUUUUGCUGAAGAGUUCAAUGACCCCAAGAUUAUAGAAAACUGUGUGUAUUGGAACGUCGAAGUGAAUGAAUGGUCGGAAGAAGGGUGUAGAACUGACAGCACUAAUACUACCUUUACAAGCAGGGUGACAUGUCGGUGUAAUCAUCUCACAAGCUUCGCCGUUCUCCUGGAUAUCAAGGGAAGUGUUGAAUCUCGAGUAAUUGAUCUGAUCAGUCGCAUUGGUUGCAUUGCUUCAAUUAUCUGUCUUAUUCUCACUCUUUUUAUUCUUCUAGGUUUUAGAAAACUGCGGAGGAAACAGCCCCAACAGAUCCUCAUUAAUCUGACGUUUGCCCUUCUGGCCCUUUAUAUCACAUUCGUCAUUGGUAUUGAUCGUCCUAGCUGGAACAUAGGGUGCACAAUUGUUGCUAUCCUGCUUCAUUACUUCUGCCUUGCAUCCCUCUCUUGGAUGGGUGUAGAAGCAUUCAGUAUGUACAUGUCCUUCGUCAGGGUUAUGGACACCUACAUCCCAAAGCUAAUCUUGAAGUGCUGUCUCGUCGGGUGGGGCUUCCCCAUGGUAGUCGUCAUAGCAACAGUUGCCGGCAAGUGGACUGCUUACCAAAACCUUAAAUAUUGCUUUAUUUCACCUGGACCCUCAUUGUACUUUGGGAUGAUUCUUCCAAUUGGUGUGAUCCUGGCCUUCAAUAGCAUCAUCUUUACUAUCGUCAUCUACAAGCUAACCUGUGGAAGAAAGACCUUUGCUGCUACAAACACAGGGAUGUCUAAGAAAGAAACCAUGGCCAAGACAAGGGAAGAAGCCACCCGUCGGGCUCAAAACGUUGUUGCAAUCGGAACACUGCUUGGUCUCACAUGGUCAUUUGGCUUCCUGGCUGUAGGUAAUGGUCGCGUGGCAUUCAAUGCCCUGUUCGCCAUAUUCAAUUCUCUUCAAGGAGUCUUUGUCUUCUUUCUGUUUGGAAUCAGACAACCGGAAGUGAAAGACAAACUGAGGGCAGCUCGGAGGCGUUUGCUGCAUGGUGUUAGAUCUGCGCGUAGAGGUUCUGAUUUCUGGAGCUCAUCUUUUGACGGUCCCACUACCUCUCGACCAUCUGUCAUUUCCAUCGUCUCCCAGGCUCCCAGAUCUACCAAUGAACCACAGCAUGCGGUACGCUCAGAACAAGGACCUGCUGCAAAUUUUGAGUCAUCGGACACCUUUUUGUAGAGUAUGAUGCCCAUCAUUGAUGGGUGAAGUACGUGUAUGACUCAUCAAGUUUGAUCUAUUAAUUAAGUGUAAUAUUACGCAUUUUAAUUUCUCUCUAGAUAGACAAUCCACACAGCUACUCUUUUUCAUAC